AAAAGAAAGUUGGGUUGGUACUUGGUUGCUGUAGUUUCAUGGGCCUUUAAAAAAGGUGCAAAAAAAGAAAAAAACCGAAGGUUGGAAGAUCCAAAACCUAGAGCUUCCCUCCCCAGUCAGAAAUCAGAAUCACCACCGGAUGGACGCCUACUACCCUCCUCCUCCUCACUACCCUUACUAUCAGCCGCCUCCACCACAAGCUCCUCCGCCUCCUCCGCCGAAUUCACACCAUCCUCCUCCUCCACAGCACCACUAUCUAGCUCACGCGCAGGCCCCAUUCGGCUUCUACGUCCCCACUCUCCUCCCUCAGGCCUCGCACGACGCCGUUCGAACCCUUUUCAUCGCCGGGCUCCCGGAGGACGUCAAGCCUCGCGAAAUCUACAAUCUCUUUCGCGAGUUCCCCGGCUAUGAGUCCUCCCAUCUUCGCACCCCUACACAAACCUCUCAGUCAUUCGCCUUUGCUGUAUUCACAGAUCAGCAGUCUGCAAUUGUGGCUAUGCAUGCUAUGAAUGGGAUGGUGUUUGAUCUUGAGAAGGGAUCAACCCUAUAUAUUGAUCUAGCAAAAUCUAAUUCUAGAUCCAAGCGUGCAAGAACAGAUGAUGAAAGAUUUGGCUCAGAUAAAAAAGCUAGAGGGCCUGCAUAUUCGAGGGGCACUCCUGAUUCUGCAGGUCUUGGCAGCAUUCACAUGCCUGGAAUGGGUAAUUCUGCUUACAACACGAUUGGUUAUCCAUCUGCACAAAGUCAUGGAAAUUUUGAUGGCAGAGCCGUAAAUGAGACAGCAGCUGCAAAUUUGAAUGGUACUUCAGCACCUCAUGCUCCACAACAUGCUAGCCCAUGUCCAACACUCUUUGUGGCUAAUUUGGGGCCAACAUGUACAGAGCAAGAGCUAAUUCAAGUAUUUUCAAGAUGUCCAGGGUUUCUAAAAUUGAAGAUGCAGAACACAUAUGGGGCUCCUGUUGCCUUUGUCGAUUUUCAGGAUACCCCCAGUUCAACUGGAGCUAUGAAUCAUCUGCAAGGCACAAUUCUUUACUCAUCACCAGCUGGCGAGGGCAUGCGGCUAGAGUAUGCGAAAUCACGGAUGGGAAUGCGUAAGAAGUCAAAGUAAAUUGCACAGGACAAGGAGACAAAUUAGCCAUUUAAUUGUGCAAUUAUCUUGACUGUAUUCUCAUUUAUAGUAACUUGGAACCAGGAUAGGUUGCGUGAAUUCUCAGUAUAGCUGUUAUCACGUUUUCAUUUGCUGUUCAUCACUUCAUUGAAUCAAAUAUUUCAUCUUUUUGACAUUAAUUUUGACAUUUUCAUAAUGGAUAGACAUAGAAGCAUGUCAAGGA